CGUGCAUGAGCAUUGUGGUGCGAGGAAUCAAUCGCCCAUGGCAUCUCUCCAGUAUGUCACUGUUACAUUACUGGGAGACUCAGCGAUCUGUGAAGCGACGACGGACCUCUGAAAAAGACACCGAUCUCGAACCCAAUCUCCCCGAGAAGCGCCCACCAAGUCCAAGUCCUUCCUCCGGUGCUGUGGAUACGCCUACGCCUGUACCUGUUACCGAGGAGCCGGAUGCUUACAUUCCCAGCAGCCAGACUGAAUUGGAGACUUCUUUGCCUGCGGUUCAGACGGAUGAGGACGCGAUCAAGGCGUACGAGGCUAGUAAGGUCGAGAAUGAUAAUGCUGAUGCUGAACCCGGGCUGCAUGUAAGAUUGCGGGAUGGGGUGUGGCAGCGGGGGAAGAGUUCGAUUUAUGUGGAUGCGUUUAAUUUGGCGCUGGAGACAGUGCUGGAUGAGGAGUCGCAUUUGUUUGAUGGGGCUGAGAUGGAGGUGUUUAAUCAGUGGAAGGAUUUGUCCUAUGAGUCGCAGUAUCUAUAUGUACGGCUUUUCCUUCGCAAAACCUCUGCCUGGCAUCGUAUCAAUCGAUUGGGCUAUUAUUCCGACAUCUCGGACUUGGCCGCGGUGGCUACUGAUCUCCAGCGAGAUCGUGUAUUACCCAAGAACGAGGAUCAAGAUACAGGUGAUCUAAACUUCGGAAAUAGUUUUCGAUUCGCCGACGGUACGCAGGAAAUUACCACGCUGGAAGAAGCGUCGUCUCUCCUGUUGCUCGACGAACUGAAGGGUUUUGCAAAAGAAGUCAAGGCCCAAGGAAAGAACAAGAAAGAGCUGCUGGCAGCUCUUUGCGAGACCAGUCAAUCUCAAACCGGACUCGGGUUCAAGGACCAGCCAAGCACGGAUCAACCUGGUAAUAGGGAUGGCCACUUUCUCCAGAAGAUCCUGGAUUACACAGGUCAAUGUAUCCGACUCACGGUGGGGCCCCGUGCUCUCUUCGAGCGUGUGCAUUUGGUAUUCUAUCGGUCGACCGAGUGGACGGAGAAGUCCUUGACGACGAUCAUCCUGGCAAAGAUAUCACGGCGAAAUUUCCCCCAGUACAUCGUGUGUCGAUCAAACUCCAUAUUCUCAUCCAGAGCCGCGCUCUUGGAAUUUGAAUCUGCUAUUCGAACUCAAUUCGAUAUUGACAAUAUCCUGGAGUUCAACGGUCCAGCAAGCACAGAAUCCCUGCAGCAAAUCAUCGACCUGGCUAACGAGCUCUACCCACGAUGGAGAGAACUCGUCAACGAAGAACAACGCAAAGAAGAUUCCAUCUACGAAAUCGGCGAAGGCGCAUACCUACGACGUUUCUCCCCAGCCUGGGUAUACACAAGAAUCAUCCACAAAAGCCUGAACCCACUAGGCCGCUUCAAAGAACACAAGCGCGAACACGAAAUCCUCACCGAACUCCUCGCCCAGCGCCUCUUCCACGCCUCCCGUCGCGGGGCCUGGUACCAGCGCAAAGCCCUACUAGAAGAACACUACCUGUCGGCCUUGACACCCACAGAGGGCCGCAAUGAGGAGAACCAGCGCAAAUUCUGGAAACGAGUUGCGCUGCGGACGUGCGAGGAGGGACUUGAGGAUCCGCUUUGUCAUUUGAUAUAUCACUAUGAUCUCCAGAAACGGAUUAUGAAGCUUGAAAAGGCGUUGAGGGUGGUUAAACGGGACCAACAUGAUUUUGGUCAUGUUAUGUUGAGUAAACCUGUUGAGCGGACGGUUGAGGGGAUUCGGAUUGAGAGGGACGAGGGGCCGAAGAAAGGGAAGGCUACUGUUUGGAUUGAUGAGAGGGAGGGUGGGGAGUGUCGUGUUGAGAGUAUGUGUUUGAGUUGGUAUCGGGAUCAUGGGUGGAAGGGGUAUCAUUCUGAGGGGGGAUUGUUCUUCGGCCUCCUCUUCUACGACAUCCUCUUCACCUACAUCCCAAAUGUCUUCCAAACCCCCUUCCAAACCUGCCCCCUAGACCUCCACACAGACGUAUUCUACCCAUCCCGCGCCUCAGAAAUCAACCACCGCCUCGUCGAAAUCACCAACGGCGAUGCCGAGCGUCUCAUCCGCGAAAUCCACGACCGCGAAUCAGCCACCCAGCCCUGCGCAAUUGGAAUCGACUGGUCCUUCGAGCUAGACGACCUAAUCGAGAUCGUGCAAUGUUUCCGUGGUGAAGCACUGGCUACCAUAUGCAAGGUCAUGGCGCAAGAGUACCAGCAGCGUGGUGGGGGGAUUCCGGAUCUCUUUUUGUGGAGUGCAGAGAAGAAGACGGUUUUGUUUGUGGAGGUUAAGUCGGAGAAUGAUCGGUUGAGUGAUACUCAGCGGUUGUGGAUUCAUAUUCUUCUUGGGGCGGGGGUGCAGGUUGAGCUUUGUAAUGCUGUUGCGAGGGAAGUGAGGACUGAGUGAGUGAUGGUUUGAUGCUGUACAUAUAUGUUCUCAUGCUAAUACAAUAUAAUCGAUUGUACAUGAG